GCUUCAGGAAGAGUGUGUAUUGCAAAGUGUAAAGAUUCUGUUCAUGUGGUGGCCAUUAAGAUGAUGGAUCUGAAUAGCCAACCAAAGAUAGAAUUGACAAUCAUAGAGAUCGAAGUCAUGAAACUUUACAGACGUGAAAAUAUUGUCAACCUCCUAGAUUGCUAUUCUAUUGGAGAGAAGCUCUGCGUUGUAAUGGACAUCAGUACGUCCAAUAAAAAUUAAGCAAUGGGUUUAAUCCCUAACGAAUUUAAAUAAAUAUUUGGCUUUUUAAUUUUAAUUAUGAAAUCAAAUAUAUAAAAAGUAACCUCUCUGUUACUAACUUUAUUCAAUUUUCAGGAGUGGAGAAAAUGAAUAUUUACAAAUGAACAGAUUCAAUUUUUUGGGUGCUGUUAAGAAUAUAACAAUUUAAAAAAAAAACAAAAAAACUUGUUGCUCGUUAAUUCAAGCUUCAGUGCAUCAAAAUGUGACUCAGUUUUUGGUUAAAAUUUAAGUAUAUUUGUAAGCUCCUUCAAUGACAAGAUUCAUGAAACUCAACAAGUCAUCAGUUUAAGCAAAAGUUUUUAUCGAACUGUAUUUCCUUGUCACUAUUUAGAAGGAAGGGCAGAUAACAAUUUCUUCAUGACGGGAACAUUAUCCAUAGAGAUAUUAAAAAUGACUAUGGGCUACUUGGCUUGGCAUGAUUAGGACAGUCACGAUGACAGAUUUUGGCAUCUGUGCCCAACUUAACGGGGAUAAAGGCAAGUGAGACACAAUGGUUGGGACCCUUACUGGAUGGCACCAGUGGUUGUUUCUAGGUAAGAAAUUUCUGUAUUAAUGUUAAUGAUCUUUAGGGUCUAUUGACUUGCUUUACAAGUGAAUUAACCUUUAUAUUUUAACUGAUAUAGUUUUUACAAAUAUUGUUGUCAAUUACAAAAAACAGUAUGGUAACAGGGAUGGUGAACCACCUUACCUAAACAAAACACCUUUAAAAGCAAUCUACCAUAUUGAUACAAAGGAGGGUGUUAAUAGUUUUAAAAGAUUUACAAAUGAAUCCUCCAGGAUAAUCUCUUGUCUGAUUUGGUAAAAUGGGGAAAGGCUAAUGUUCCAGAAUAAUUUGUGAGGCAGCAUAAUUAAGCUUUUAUUAUACUAGAGAGAGGAGAUACAUUUUAUUUUCCGAAGAAUUGAGGUCUGAACAGCUUGAUCUACAAUAAUAUUAAUAGUAUUAGUAUUUAUUUACGAUUAUCAACGCCAUUGUCUCAGUAAAGUUAUUGAUAAUCAUUGAUAGUUUAGAAAUAAAUAAGUGCAAAAGAUUUAUCUUGGCAAAAAAAAAAAAAAGUUUCAUGAAUAUAAAUGUGUGAAUAAAUGCAAGGAUGUUUAUAUUUUCCAUUCACAGGGUGAGCCAGAAAUCAAGCAUGAACAAAAACUAUCAAAGGAGCUCAAAGAUAAUAUAGACAAGUGCUUGGAAGUUGAAGUAGACGCCAGCUCCAAAGCAGCACAGCUUUUAGAACAUCCAUUUUUGAAAAAGUCCAUGGCCUUAGCAACUCUCAGACCUUUAAUACCAGCUGCUCGCUAUGCUAUGGGA